AUGUGUUCCAAUAAACACCCGCUCGCGAGAGCUCGCAGGACACAGGUCAUUUUCUCCGUCCUUUCAUGGCCAUGUGCGCUCGCUGCCCUCUUGAGGACUUAUGGUAGCGCUCAAGGUUGGAUGCAGCUCAUUGCAAUCUCAAUUUCCACCCUUACGCCGAUCUUCAUUCUCGUCAGAUAUCGCAAAUCCGGAAGUCAAUUCUAUCCGCUGCUCGUAAUAGCCAUUGAUGCUUUGAUGGCUUUACUCUUCAUCGGGGUGUUCAUUUCCGGAAUGUUCAUCCUUAGUACCCAGGAUAUUAGCCUAUGGGUGAAUCCCGACAACUUCAAGCUGGCCAGUGGCAUUCCGCAGAUCUACUCCAACCUCUCAUGUCUCAUCCUCAGUCUGGUGUAUCUGCGCACAUUUGUGCAAGCAUCCUUCAACCGAUACAUGCAGUUGACCCUCAAGACUCGCCAGGUUAACUACACGCUUUGCCCGGCGUGUGACCGAUCUGUGGAUGCUCCUGUGGGCCAGCGUCAGGAUAUGGCCAUGGCUGCGGAACAGCAAAGAGCAUCUGGCUCUGUUGAUAGUCUCUGUGGAUUGUACACUGGCGAUGCUGAAUCGCAGCAGUUGCUACCUGAGAGCGUUUAG